UUUUUCGACAUGAACGAGCUGCCCACAAACGCGUACUCUCUGGACACUCGCAGAAUGCAACUCUACUCUCACCAACACAUUCAUCCCGCGGAACUGUCGAUCCACGCUGUCUCCGCAAACGAACUGCUGAAGCCCAAAGAUGAGCCCAACUACUCCCUGGCUGCUUCUUCUAACAACUGUUCCAUCUUACAUCAUACAGUUACUUCACCGUACGAUAAUCGUAUAUGCAUGGAUACCAACACCAAUGAGAACCACAACGCUCAGAAUUCAAAAGGGGACGAAGACCUGUCUCGAGUUUAUCAGACAUUGUCCUUACCGACGCUGCCAUCUAGGGAGGAAACUAGUCCAAAUAACAGCGAGGACUCGAAAUCUAAAAUAAAAACAAUGACGCCGUCGAGCCCCGGGAACAGCGAAAUUAAGGCACAGACAACUUCGUCGAAUUCGCAGGCUCUGACCAAACCCCCGUAUUCGUACGUCGCUCUCAUUACGAUGGCCAUACAAAACAGUCAAACGAAACGGGCCACGCUGAGUGAAAUUUACGCCUAUAUCACGAAGGAAUUCCCUUUCUUCGAGAAAAACAAAAAAGGCUGGCAGAACUCGAUCAGACACAAUCUCAGUCUCAACGAAUGCUUCAUAAAGGUGCCGAGGGAGGGAGGCGGUGAGCGAAAAGGAAAUUAUUGGACUCUUGAUCCACAAUGCGGGGAAAUGUUCGAGAAUGGUAAUUUCCGACGGCGGCGGCGUAUGAAGAGACCGUUCAGGGCUAAUCCCUACUCGAAAGCGCUUUUCGGUGACGGGUACCACGUGUCGCACGUGGCUCAACACGUCCCACCGCACAUGCAACCGCUCCCAUUGGGCCCCAGAAACUACUUCGGGUCUGGUUCGCCGUAUCAUCCACCUUCCUAUCCCAGAUAUGACGCUACAUGGCUGAGUCAGUCCGCGGGUGGGCUUGGCUAUGGCUCGAUGGCCCGUAGCCCUCCUGGGUGCUCGCCACACAGCGCGCUUCCCCACCAAGCUCCUAGUGUCGCGGUCAGCCCAUUCGCUACACAUCAACUGCAGGGUCAAUUCCCGAGCUCUCUGCAACCCAUGCAGUCGAUGUCGCACGUCAACUCGUACAAUCCCAUUGGAGUGACAUCUAUCGACGGCCCGCCAAGUCCAGGACCUGCAUAUGCGAAUUCCUCUGUUGGUGAUUUCUCGCCUAGUCGACAUCACGACAUCGUCACUUCUUCGGACACGCCGGUCAGAUUACCUUUCUGGCCUGAAGGAGGUUCGUCGAGCCCUAAUCACGGAUACGUGCCGUCGAGUAACUUCUCGCCGCCACGUCGUCACGAAGCCGUCACGUCGUCGGACACGGCGGGAGCGCGCUUCUCCUUCUGGCCAGACGGUGACCUCGGUGUCAAAGAAGAGGCCUCGUCGAGUCUUCUUUCGAACGCGGCUCCUUAUUCUAAAUGUUUUAUGUAA